AUGAUCUAUAACCUAACCUCAUCAUCAUCAUCAUCAAACAAUGCUUUUACCACAUUGGACAACAUAUUCUUCUCUAGAAGUAUGGCAGAGGUACUCAACUCUGAGGGACUGCAAGGAAUCGAGUCGAGCAACAGCAGUGAGAAUGGUUCACCUCCUUUCUGCGAGGCAAAAAAGAAGAAAUAUGUUUACUCUCCAGAUUACAUUAGGGAGAUUGGUCGGUCGUCAUCUGAUCAACUUCAACAACCAUCCCAACAACAUUCUGAACUGACCAACAUAAUCUACAAGUUGAGGGAUUUGAUAAUGAGCUCCAACGAUGAUUCUGUAAUCCAAUCAAUGAAGAACAUUCUAACAGAGAGCCAAAGUGGGAGGAUUUUCUUAGUUGAUGUUGCCUUAGGAGAGACCAAUCUCUCAUCACUGUCAAACAGCUUUGAUCGUUGGCCAACCACGGCAUCAUCCUAUUUCCAAGUCUCUUCGCCAAUCGUAUCCACAAUCAGUGGCCAAUUGCCACCAAUCCGAUCUUCCUCUCCAAGGAAGAUUGAUACAGUUCUCACUCCAAUCCCAGUUGUUCCACUGUCCCAACAACUACCACAACAACAACAACAACAAGCAGCAUUCAGAUCACCAAGAAAGCAAUUAUCACAAAGUAGCCUCAAUCUGAGCUACGCGUCAGCCUCUACAACGCCCACCACAACCACACCAACCAUUGGAACUCCAACAAUUUCACCCAAUACUUCUUCAUCCUCCAUUGAUACACAAACAACUUCAAACAAUGGAAUGAUCAAGAAAUCACCAUCAAUGUCCACAAUUCCCAAGUCAAACAUCAGCGAGUUCAUAUCAAAUGACUCAUUGAAAGAGUUUGGCAACAAAUCAAAAUCGAAUGCAAAGGCAUGGUCAUCUAAUGUGUCUGCAAACAAUAUCUUUGGCUUCGGAAAUAGUGUCAGCAGUGGAGGCACCUCUUCUCUUGGUGGUGGCGUUGAGGAGCAAUCACUCAGGAAGAGCUCAUCAAACUAUGACCUUAGUGCCCCAAGGAAGUCAAUGACAAAGUCGUUCUCUAUGACUUCAAUCUCUGCUUCGGAUUCCUCUGCUCUGAGCUUAAAAGAGGUGCCUCUCGAUGGUCUUGCUGGCCAGGUGUACAGCCUCACCAAGUACCAGGCCGGAUGCCGAUUCCUUCAGAAGAAGCUCGAGGAGAACCCAACUCCAGAGUACGUCUCAUUCAUUUUCAACGAGAUCUACGACCACUUGUCAGAGGUCAUGGUGGAUCCCUACGGUCAAUAUCUCAUCCCCCAACUGAUGAAACACUGUGACGACGAUCAGAAGAGACUCAUCAUUGAGUGUAUCGCUCUAGAUGUUGAGCGAUAUGCUUGUCAUAGAUACGGCAUACAUGGCGUUCAAAAAGUGAUUCAAUCCACUCCGCUCAAUCUCAUCAAGGUGGUCACCGAAUCAAUGCGUUACAAGGUGGUGGUCCUUUCAAACAAUGCCAAUGGAAACUAUCUCAUCCAGUCAUUCCUCAAGCAGUUCACACCAGAGAUCAAUCAAUUCAUUUGUGAUGGUGUCAUUGAAAAUAUGGUUGCAAUCAGCACAAACAAAUAUGGUUGCACAGUCGUCAAUCGUUGUCUCGAGCAUGCUAACCAACAGCAACAAGAUACACUGAUUGACUCAAUCCUUGGCCACUCGCUUCACCUUGUCCAAGACCCAUUUGGCAACUAUGUCGUUCAGCACCUUUUAUCCAACAACAAGUCUUAUUCUUCACAACUGCUCAAGAGACUCAACGGCCACAUUGUUGGACUCUCAGUACAGAAGUUUAGCUCUAAUGUAAUUGAGAAAUGGUUGCUCCAAUCCGACCCAUCAGUUGUAGAGCAAGUUAUAUCCGAGCUCGAGAGGGAUUUGCCUAACGUCCUCCAGGACAAGUAUGCCAACUACGUAAUCAAGACCUGUCUGGAUGUAGCCUCUCCAGAUCAAUUUGCAAGAUUGGCGAGUGCUAUAGUUCCCCACAUUCACAAUAUCAAGACACCUUACAUUCUGGGUAUUCAAAAGAAAAUCCUUGGAACUAUCGCU